CUUUCAAGACUAAAACCUUUGCCCAUCCCCCACUUCCAAUUUUCCCCUCCCAAAAACCAAAGCACUCAACGCCAAGACACAAAGCACUUAAAGAAAACAGAGGAUUUAUGGGCACAGAACCAGUUGCUGUUACUUCUCAGGUCAAGGUUCUCAUGUUUCCAUGGCUGGCUUAUGGCCAUAUAUCUCCCAGCCUGGAACUAGCCAAGAGGCUAACGGAUAGAGGAUUUGCCAUAUACAUCUGUUCAACUCCUAUCAAUCUUGGAUUCAUCAAGCAAAAGAUCACCGGAAAAUACUCUGCGACUAUUAAACCAGUGGAACUUCAUCUUCCAGACACUCCUGAACUCCCUUCUCACUACCACACCACCAAUGGUCUCCCACCCCAUCUCAUGUCCACCCUGAAAAGAGCCCUGAACAGAGCCAAACCGGAACUGUCCAGUAUCUUGAAGACUCUGAAGCCUGAUUUGGUGAUCUACGAUGUCACCCAGACGUGGACCGGUGCAUUGACUGCAGCCCAUAACAUUCCAGCAGUUAAAUUUUUAACUUCAACUGUGUCCAUGAUGGCAUACUUCUCCCAUUCGUUUAUGAAACCGGACCUUGAAUUCCCUUUUCCAGCCAUCUAUCUGUCCGAUCCCGAGUGGACCAAGUUUCGGAUAACAGCCCAAGCGGCAAGAGCUGACUAUGAAGAAAGUGAUCCUGCGGCGGAAAGGCCAAACCGGGAGUGUGACCGCAUCAUCCUCACGAAAAGCUCGAGAGCAAUAGAAGGGAAAUAUAUAGACUAUCUGUUUGAUCUUACGAAGCUGAAGAUGUUGCCUGUAGGUACCCUAUUAGAAGAACCUAUUAAGGAUGAUCAAGGCGAUAACAACGACGAGUUAAUCCAAUGGCUUGGGACAAAGAGCGAGCGGUCCACUGUUUUUGUUUCGUUUGGGACCGAGUAUUUCUUGACUAAAGAAGAGAUGGAAGAGAUAGCAUACGGGUUGGAGCUUAGCGAUGUCAAUUUCAUAUGGGUUGUAAGAUUUCCUCUGGGUCACAAAACAGGGCCUGAAGAGGCUCUUCCUGAGGGGUUCUUGGAGAGGGUGGGAGAUAGGGGAAGAAUUGUGGAAGGAUGGGCACCACAGGCAAAAGUAUUGGCACAUCCAGGUACAGCAGGUUUUGUUUGUCACUGUGGUUGGAAUUCGGUUGUGGAAAGUAUAGAGUUUGGUGUUCCAAUUAUAGCCAUGCCCGUACAGCUUGACCAGCCACUCAAUGCCAGGUUGGUGGUGGAAAUUGGUGCAGGCAUGGAAGUUGUGAGAGAUGAGAAUGGCAAGUUUGAUAGAAAGGAGAUAGCAAGAGUAAUCAAAGAUGUGGUGGCGGAGAAGAUGGGUGAAAAUGUGAGAGGGAAAAUGCGGGACGUGAGCCAGAAAAUAAAAUUGAAGGAGAAACAGGAGUUGGAUGAAGUUGCGGAAUUGCUAACUCAGCUUGUGAAGGAAAAUAGUCAGUCUUCGAAUUAAUUUUACUAGUACUUUUCUGGAAAUAUUUGAACUGCUCUAUGACUUCCAAAAUAUGAAAUAAAAUACUGCUCUAUGGAAUUUUUAGA